AUGGAAGUUCCACGCCGCUCUUUGGCUGCUUCUAUCUCUCCUCUCCGCCUCAUAGAUGGUCUCCCUCGUCGGAGAAGUUUUAAUUAUAACCAGAUGCCUGAGGAGCCCAUCAAGCUCACUGUUCUCAAACUUGAUGGAUCUUCCUUUGAUAUUCGAGUGUUGAAGACAGCUACUAUAGGGGAGCUCAAGAUGGCGGUAGAAGCUGCGUUUUCUCACUUGCCCACCACAGGCCGUGGCAAAGUCUCUUGGCCGCAUGUUUGGGCACAGUUCUGCUUAUCUUAUGAAGAUCAUAGAUUGCUUAACGAGGCUGACUUCCUCAUUGAGUUCGGCAUUAAAGACGGAGAUCAGCUUCGAUUCAUCCGGCAUAUAUCAAACUACUGCACCAUGAUGGUUAACCAGAAGAGUAAGACACCACAUGUUUCUUCUUUGAAACAACUCAAACUGUUCUCACUCAAAACCGAAACCUGGAAAAAGAAAGGAACACAAGGACAAGAAGACGGUGUUGACUCAAUCACUCAGACGCAACCAAGCUUUCUCUCGACUGUAUUGGGAGGUUGGCUCUCUUACAAGUCAACACCAAGUCAACGAGGGACUAAACACAGAAACGUGUCUGCUUCUACGUCUAGUCACCUCAGAGCUUUUAACAACCUCAUUGCAAGGUUUCGUUUCAAGUGUUACUCGGAGAAGGAUGUCUGGAACAGGAAAAAACUCAUCUCUUAA